GCAACAUCAUAUCAUGUAAAUCUGAAACAACAUGUAAUGAUUCUUAACUGCAGUGGUUACAUGUCUCCGGAGUAUGCAAUUGAUGGGCUCUACUCGAUUAAAUCUGAUGUUUUUAGCUUUGGCGUGUUGGUGCUAGAGAUUGUUAGUGGGAAAAGGAAUAGAGGAUUCUCUCAUCCAGAUCACCACCAUAACCUCCUCGGGCAUGCAUGGAAGCUUUAUGCUGAAGGCAAACCCUUGGAACUGAUUGCUGCACCAAUUAGAGACAUCUCCAAUCUAUCUGAAGUUCUGAGAUCAAUUCAUAUAGGUCUUCUAUGCGUGCAACGGAAUCCUGAAGAUAGGCCAAGGAUGUCAACUGUGGUCCUGAUGCUUGGUGGAGAAAGUCCUCUACCUCAGCCUAAACAACCAGGUUUUUUCAAUGAAAGGGAUCUAAGUGAAGCUAAAUCCUCAUCAAGCAAUCAGAAACCAUGUUCGUAUGAUGAACUCACCAUUACACUAAUGGAGCGAAGAUAACUGAUUUUUUCUGAUAUUAACCUUUUCAUUCUGUUUUCACUUUCAUGUCUUAGUGACAAAAAUACAGAUGUAACAUCUAAUGCUUCAAUGUGCAGUUCAAAGAUUCAAAAGUGAAGAAUAGGAAUGAGUGAGAGUGUUCUAUUCGAAAACAGUUGUAAUGAUCUCCCAAUACUCCUAGA